AUGAAGUCGGCGAAACCGGUGGCGGCAGACACGCCAUCGCAUCGAAGAUCACAGCCCGCUCGGCAGGCACGAACCAAUCCUCAGCGAAAUUCCGCCAACGCUGGUCGAUCCGGAGACGGUCGAGGCCCUGUCAAUGGCCGUCCUUUGGGCAACCAGCCUAUUGAGAUAUUCCCUGCGAUUACCCAUUUUGCCGACACAAUCUCUGCGCUUCCCAAAGAGCUUGUACGACACUUCACUCUGCUCAAGGAAGUCGACGCCAAGAUUUUUGCUCCCGAAGAACAGCUCUUCCAGCUGGUCGCCGCCAUCUCCAACUCAUCCUUGCCUGAAGCCAGAGCCAACAAUGACGCUUCAGGCACGGCGCAGCCAGCAUCGGCCCCCAUGAGCACGCAGAAUAGCUCCAGCGGGAUGGCUUUGAAUCCCGCUCGAGCGUCCUCAGCUCCGUCGCUCGACGAGACCAGUGCCGCGCCCACCAGCGUCUUCGACCCCUCCAACAUUCCACGCCGACAGCUCUUUCGACAGACUGCAUUCAAGAUUCAAGAGAUGCUAGUUUCGUUGGAAGAAAAGAACCAUGUGCUCUCCACCGCGAAUGAGGCCUUGCAACGACAACUUGCGCGAGCCGAAGAUGUGUGGCCCUAUUUGGAAAACGAAUUCAGUGACGAAGCGAAAUGGGGCAGCACUACACACUGGGCAUAUCCCGAGAAUCGAACUGGCAGCAAAGUGUCCCACACCGAGAGGGCUCGUCGGGAUGGUGCUGCUGCAAUCUCGGCCGCCGCCCAGGCACUUGCUGAAGAGGCGGCCGCUAGGAGCGACGCCCGAAAGCAGGCUGUGCAAGCCAAGAAGGGUCUGAAGAGCCAGCAACAAGACUCUGACGCGGACGACCUAGAGGCCCGCCAAAAGGAGCCGGCCAAGAAGACCACGGCCAAAUCUCGAAAAACUGUCACUGCUGAUACAAACAGCACGGGAUUGGGUAUUCCAGCCCCGUCUACCAAUGGCAACCCCCCCCAAAAGAGAAGAAAGGUGGAAAAGACGGUCAAUGGAGCCAACACCGGUACUGGAGGCGCCAUGAGUACUGUGUUUGGUACAAAUGCUCCAAAACCCAAGACAGGCAGUCCCAGAGGGACUCCCGCGCCAGACGGGCCCAAGAAACGAAAAGCCUUGCCGACAGGAAGUGGACAAGCGAAGAAGAAGUAUGUAUCCAACGGUCGUCUACCACCUUUUCCCCCCCGGGCGCACGUUUUAUAUCGGCCGGCCUUGGCGUCUGUUUUCACUAACAUGCAUGCUAGGAACGGCAUGUCACCCUCGGUCACGUCCUCUCCCGUCAUGGGAACUUUCCCCGACCCAAAAGCACCUACUCGAACAUCGCCGCCUCCCACCACCAGCGCGCCUCGUCCAGCGUCAUCCCGUGCCCGACAGAACUCAAUACAGUCCAAUGCGGAAAGCGGAAAAGCUCGGCCUGCCCCCUCGGCUCCCAACAAACCCAGUGGCAACGGCCAAGGUACUCCCGAAAUGGCUUCAGUCGCGACAUUCCCUCGAGCUGUGCAAGAAGCAAAGCCGGCCAAGGAGGAAAGUGCACCCAUCAAGACGGAACCCGCCAAGAAGGAAAACGAGCGACCCGAGACCUCCCACAACCCCACACCUGCCACUGCGAAGAAGGAUGCAAAAGCAGACGAAGCUGAUGGGAAAAGCGAAUCCGCCACUCCGCAGACGACUCCCGCCACAGCGGCCACAAAGACGGGCAGGGCAAGCAAACCGUCAACGCCAGGGCUGGCCACCUUCCAAGAAGCAGCUCGUUCACGCCCCUCACGAAGCACAGAAACGGGCUCCAAAAAGAGCCACAAGAAGAGCGGAUCCGUGGCACAGGUAGCCCUCAUACAACAGACGGCUGCGGCUGCGGAUACGGAUGCCAGCAGCAGCAUGCAAGGAGAUGACGAAGACGGCGACAUUGACGCCGACGAACCGACGUAUUGUUACUGCAAUAGCGUAAGCUAUGGCGAGAUGGUGGCCUGCGAUGCAGACGACUGCAAGCGCGAGUGGUUCCACCUGGCUUGUGUAGGGCUCAAGGUUGCGCCGGGCUCAAGGAGUAAGUGCUGUCUUUUACCUGUGCUGUCGCAAACUUUGUUUCUGCAGUCUUUUGUUUUCUAA